CACCCAAUCAUAGAUCCACACAUUACACAGAUCAAUCUUUAAUUCCUAGCCAUGCAAUUCCUCACUGCAAUUCUGGCAUUUGCCGCAGUUGCAGCCGCCGCCCCUGCUGCUUCGCCUGAGCCAGGUGCCCCUUAUGAGGCUCCGAACCCAUGCGGUCCUGGAGGUGAAACAUACUGGUCUGUGGCUGAUGAUGGUGGCGGUGGAGGAUGGGGCUGCAUCUCGAACGGGGCUGGAGGCUGCAGCGAAUACUACUGGAAGACGGUUCCUCCCUACUGGAGCUGUUGGAUGGGAGGCAAGGCUUAGGUGCACUUUCUUCCAGGCUGUUGCAAACUUUUGUCCACAUCUUUACAGAGUAUGGGGUCUCUGUUUUAUUCUGUAACAAUAAGAAAAACACAUGUGGAAUAAGGAAGCCUCCUAAUGAGAUAUAAAACGCAACAUAAAAUGUUUAGUGGUAGUAGAACAAUGAUAUUACCAUUGACAAUCU